AUGUCAAAGCAAGCAUUCAAUGAAUUUUUAGCUGGUGCUAUUGGAGGAUUAGCUGGUUUAACUGUCGGUCAUCCAUUGGAUACGAUCAAAGUUGUUUUGCAAAGUUCGUCGAGAAAUUUAACAUUUAAAGAAGCAACUGAUUUGAUUCUUGAAACGGGCCUAAGGCAAUUUUUUACUGGACUUGCAAUCCCGUUUUAUUCAUAUGGAUUUAUCAAUGCCGUGAUAUUUACUGCAUACAAAGAGUCAUUGAGUAUAUUUGAUGCAACUGGUCAGUCUCCAUUAGCAAAUGCUAUGGCCGGUGCUGUAUCAGGAGCUGUACAAUUAGUACCAGCUGUUCCAGUAGAAGUUAUUAAAAUACGACAACAAUCUAUGGCAAGUCAUCCGGGUGAAAAACAACUGACUGCUCGAAAAUGUAUUCAUACUAUUUUACGUAUGCAAGGAUUUACUGGAUUAUAUUCAGGAACAGUUAUUCAAGCAUUUCGUGAUAUUCCAGGAAUGACUGCUUAUUUUUAUGCUUAUUCUGAAUCAAUAAAAAUAGGAAAAUACAUUGGUUUGUCAACAUUUUGGUCUGCUUUUAUUGGUGGUGCAAUAAGUGGAACAUUAUCUUGGUGUAUUUCAAUGCCAUUUGAUGUAAUAAAAACAAGACAACAAGCUGGUAAUGGAAUCACAAUUUCAAAUGUUCUAAAUACCUUGUUAAAAGAAAAAAGCUACAGAAUAUUUUUUCGUGGAUUUAACGUUGUUAUCACUAGAGCAUUUGUAGUUAAUGCAUGUACAUUCGCUGUCUACGAAACAGUUUAUGAGCAUCUUAAAAAAUAUUAG